AGUCUCCACCACCUCCCUACUCUCGGCUGUCUCCUAAUGAUGAGCAAAAGCCACUGGAUCUAUCAGAUUCCACGUUGUCUUACACUGAAACAGAGGCUACAAACUCGCCCAACGUCACGCCCGGAGACUUCUCAGAUGCCAGUACGUCGCCCGAUGCCGUGAAGAGGAGCCAUUGGUGCAACGUGGCCUAUUGGGAGCACCGGACGCGCGUUGGCCGCCUCUACACAGUGUACGAACAGUCUGUCAGUAUAUUUUAUGACCUACCUCAAGGAAACGGCUUCUGCCUCGGACAGCUAAACCUGGAAAACAGGAGCGAGACUGUGAGAAGGACUCGAAGUAAAAUCGGCUACGGGAUUUUACUCAGCAAAGAACCGGACGGUGUGUGGGCUUACAACCGCAGCGAGCACCCCAUCUUCGUCAACUCCCCGACACUGGACAUCCCCAACUGUAGGACUUUGAUCGUGCGCAAGGUGAUGCCGGGUUACUCCAUCAAGGUGUUUGACUACGAGAAGUCCUGCCUCUUGCAGCACACGGCUGAUCUGGAUUACACGGACGGGCCCUACGACCCCAACAGCGUGAGGAUCAGCUUCGCCAAAGGCUGGGGGCCGUGUUACUCCAGACAGUUCAUCACGUCGUGUCCUUGUUGGCUGGAGAUUCUACUCAGUAACAAUCGAUAACAGUCAGCCUCUGACGAAAGGAAAAUAGAAAAAAAAAAGACACAGACUAUCCCAAAUAUCAUCUACCUAGAUUUAAUAUAAAGUUUUAUAUAUUAUAUGAAAAUAUAUAUUAUACUUGUAAUUAUGGAGUCAUUUUUACAAUGUAAUUAUUUAUGUAUGGUGCAAUGUGUAUAUGGACAAAAACCAGAAAAUGCACUUUGGCUUAUAUAAUUCUUUCAAUACAGAUUUUUUUUUUUUUUUUUUAAGGAAAAAAAAGAGAAAAAUUAUACAGCAAAAAUAGGAGAAAGCCCUAAUUUUGAUGUAUGGUUUUUGGAAAUAUUAUUAAUACCCAGGCAAAAAGCUAAUACCAGUCACUCAUUGAUAAUAAAGUAUUCG